UAUUACUGUCGGCUGCUGCUGAUUAAAGGCUGUUACUGUGGACUACUGCAUGCUAUCAAUUACACAUUAAUGACCGUUGAUUAUUAUGAGGCGCCCAGUACAGCGCAGCUGCUCACCAACUACUGCGACUACUGCUGCGAUAUACUCCAGCGGACUACUGCGCAUUAUUACUGUCGGCUGCUGAUUAUACGCUGUUACUCUGCUGCACCAAUUUGUGCGACUACCACUGCGCAUUAUUAUUACUGUCGGCUGCUGAUUAUACGCUGUUACUGGCGCCCAGUACAGCGCAGCUGCUGCACCAACUACUGCGACUACUGCUGCGAUAUACUCCAGCGGACUACUGCGCAUUAUUACUGUCGGCUGCUGAUUAUACGCUGUUACUGUGGACUAUUGCAUGCUAUCAAUUACAUAUUAAUGACCAUUGAUUAUUAUGAGUCGCCCAGUACAGCGCUGCAGCUGUUGCACCAACUUGUGCGACUACUGCUGCAGACUGCGCAUUGUUACUGUCGACUACUGCGGAUUUCACGCUAG